AUCCGCAAGUAAGGUAAGAGACAUUGUUGUUUGCUCGUGAAUAGCUCUGAGUUGAUUCGAAUUUUUGUGCAGAACUUUUUCAGACAAUUAUAUCAACAAAUAUCCCUGAAAUAUCAGCAUUUUUACAGAAGCUGUUUUAAUAAAAUUUUUACCAAUUAGAAGAUUAAUACAAGAAAUUGUUAAUAUGGGGUUGAUUAAAAAAAAUAAGAAAGUUCAAAGUAAAUCAAGAACAAAGAAAGAAAAGUCUAUGAAAAAAUCCAAAACUUCAGAUUCCUCACCGUCAAAGGAAAGUAAACCACAUAAAGCCAAAUGUGGUCUGGUUCCUGUACCAAAGUUAUCUACUGAGAAGAGUUUAAAUAACAGUAUUUACAAGAGAUUCCAUCAGUUUGUGAAAAAAAUAUUCAGAAAACAUGAACUCUCCAUGAAUAUUGAUUAUGAAGAUGUGACAGAACCUGGAAGUAAGAUCCACAAGCUUAGACUGGAAGACCUGUGUGUGGAGAUAGCCAAGCUGAAGGCAUUGAAAGCUAUGGAUUCCAUCUCUUCAAAGACCAUCAUACAACUGCUGAGUGUCCUGGACAAAAUCAUUGGUGAUGGUGCAAAGGUGUCACUUGCUGCUUAUCUGGAGGGAAGUAAGCAGGAACAUAAGUUAGCUCUGGAGAAGAUGACAUAUGCUGUAGAUGCCUCUCUCUCAGUUCUCCACAUACUUACAUCCCCUGGCAUGCACAAGACAGUUUACCAAGAGGAUGUUAUAGACAACAUAAUUUUGUUCACCAAAUUCCAGCUUGCCAACACCAUUUUCCCGGUUUAUGACUCAACUUACAGGAAUUGUGAAGAUAAAGGUGGAAGUAAAAGUACCAAGAAAAUAGGAAUCUCUAAGAAGAGCAUAUCAGAACUGUACAAGAAGUUAACAGAAGUUGUCUCAAUGUUGGCACAACUGUUGUUAGUCCAACCUCUCACAGACACAACUGUGCUGCUCUUAUCCUCUAUCGCUGUGUCACCAUUCUUUGUGGAAGGCAUCAGUGAACUACAACUAUCUGCUCUGAGGCUUGCCACUAAUAUCUUUACCAAGUAUGAGAAGCACCGCAGCCUGCUGCUGGAUGACAUCAUAUCAUUGCUGGCCCGCAUGUCUGGCUCCAGACGUAACUACUGCACUUACCAGCUGGAGUCACAAGGACGAAUACAGAUGACAACAGUUCUCAUCCUUGACUUCAUUCAGUGCCUAGGUGUUCUGCCUGAGAAUUUGGUUGGCAAUAAACAGGAGGAUAUUGACUCAGUGAUCUCCUCCAAGUUAAUUCUGGCUCGCAGAACUGCACACGAGUUCCUGCAUAUGUGGUUGACUAAAUGUAGCAGCAAGAGUGAGAAUUCUGUCUACAAAGUGCUCUUCGAGAACUUCAUCCGUGAUCUUCUCACUGCACACAACAAGCCAGAGUGGUCCUCGGCUGGCUUGAUGCUCUGUGUUCUUGGAAACCUCUUGGUGGCCAGUCUUAUCAACAAAAAAGAAGGAAUGCCACUUCGAAUGACAUCCUUAGAUUUUUUGGGAAUUUUGGUAGCAGGAAUGCAUGAAGAUGAUAAGCAAUAUGAAAUUAAGUUGAGCACUGUCGACCAAAUUAUCAGGGAUAUGAAAUUUGAGGAAGAAGUGGACCAAAAUAAAAACAUUAAGAAUGAUAUGGAUGAGGAGUUGAAGACUCAGCUGAUACAAAGAGUGCUGUUAAACUACUUGACAGUGAAGGGGCAAGGAGAUCCUACAGUAUCUAAUUCCAGACAUCUUUAUCUGGUUUUGUGGUACCAGGAUAAUUGUACAAGUUGUAACACAUCUUCCAGUAAGUUCCCUAAAUCCGACAAAUCUUCUAAAAGGAAACAAACAGACACAAACAAAGAAAAUUUAGAUGACAAUGGAGAAAUGCAUAGUGAUAUAGAGGAGGCAUUGAGAGUGAACAAUGUAGCUGAAACAAGAAAGAAGUUUCUGCUGAGUGAAGUUGGCUUAUUUGAAAAUUGCACUGCAAAGAGAGGCUUAAACUGUGAAUUGCUACAUACAUGUGUUGAUUAUAAUAGUGCUGGACUUUUGUUGAAGUAUCUGUCAUUCAAAACACCAUUUUCAAAGAGGUUUACAAUUUAUUUGAAACAUAUUCUGGGAGUGUUGAUGGAGUCAUCUGUACUGUUGCGUGCCAAGGCCAUGAAAUGCCUCUCUGCCCUGAUGGAAGUAGACAAGGAAGUACUGGCCUUACAGACAGUCCAGGCAGCUAUCAAUCACUCCUUCCUAGACCACUCAGCGUCAGUGCGUGAGGCUGCGGUAGAUCUCGUUGGCAAGUUUGUGCUUACCCAGCCUUCACUCUUGGUCAAGUACUACGAAAUGCUCUCUGGCAGGAUACUAGACACAGGAGUUAAUGUCAGAAAAAAGGUAAUCAAAAUAAUGAAAGAUAUUUGCAUACAGCAUUCCGAUUUUUCCAAGACUUCUGAUAUCUAUGUCAAAAUACUUCGUCGAGUGAAUGAUGAAGAAGUUGGUGUCUGUAAGCUGGUGUUGGAGGUGUUUCGAACUCUUUGGUUUAACCCAGCCAGUGAGGAGGAAGUGGCUGACAGAGCAGCAAAAAUUAUUGAUGUCAUGGCAGUAUUGGAGGACCUGGGUCUUGAAUUGUUCGAACAGUUGGUUGUCCACCUGCUUAAGCCAAAUGGUAACAAAGCAGACCCUCAGGAACUGAAGACUACUCUGACAGCAUGCAAGCAGAUUGUAGAUUUUCUGGUAGACAAUGAGCUUAAUCUAGACACUGCAUCGUCCCAAAGAGAGGUUGUUUGUCUCCGCACAUUAUACAUUUUCUCAAAGGUCCAACCACUAUUGUUAGUUGGUCACAUUAACAAGCUCCAGUCAUACCUCAGCUUCAAUCGUGAGGCUCAAGUAGAACACCAGAUGGUCAGCUGGGUGGUGAGAAUGCUGGAGACUGUUGUGCCACUUAUGGACCAGCGCAGUGAAGAGUUUUUAACUAAUCUGGAAGAGCACAUGGUGAAUCUGAUGAUGCAGCAUGACCAGACAGUAAUCUAUAGCUGUGCCAGUUGUUUGGGUUUAGUGGUUAACACUUUGACACACAACUAUGAAAUUGUUCGCAACUGUCUUAAUAUGUACAAUGGAUACCUACUGUGUUACAAGAAAUUGGCACUCAAUGGGCAAAAGGAAGGAAUGGAAAAAUAUCACCCAAUUAUCAAGAGAUCUUUGUAUAUAGUUGGCAUGUUGAUGAGAUUCUUUGACUUCACCAGUAAAGAAGUUCAGGGACCAUUUCCAGAUUCAACAAGGGAUGUGGUUGUGGAUAUACUACUUUUCUACCUACAAUUUAAGGAGCUUCAGUGCUUCACUUUGAAGGCUAUUGGUUCCAUUUGUAUCCAAUACUGUCAACUUAUGUUGACUCCCAAGCUGAAAACAGUGUACCUUGGGAUUUUAUGUGAUCCUACGCCUUCUUUUGAGUUGAAGAUUCAGGUACUGAGCAACAUAGAACAAUAUUUACAAGAGGAAGAUGGACGUUUAAUCAAACAAGAUUUAAAGUGGACAAAUUUAUCGAAGCAAGAGGACUUGAAAGAAAUGGGAGAUGUGUCAGCAGGGAUGGCCAGCACUGUGGUCCAGCUGUUUAUCAAGGAGGUGCUGGAAACUUACUUAUGCCCUAAUGUGAGUGUGAGACAAGCUGUACUUCGUGUAGUCCAGCUGACUCUGCAACAGGGUCUCAUACAUCCGGUGCAGAUUGUGCCCUAUCUAAUUUGUAUGACCACCGAUGAGGAGAAGACAGUCCGCAGCAAUGCUGACAGACGGCUGGAAGAGAUAGAGAGAAAGUACCCAGGAUUUAUCUACAUGCAGUCACAAAGAGGAGUCAGUCUGUCAUACAGGCUGCAGGAAAUUCUGCAGACUCAUGGGAGUUCGGAUGUGCUCAGGGGCUACAGGAGUAAAGAUGAGGGCCAGCCUGUUGCACUCAAUGGACCUCUUUAUUCCAUUUUGCACUCUCAACACCAACGCCGAGCAUUUAUCCUUGCUAUUUUUAAACGCUUUAAGGAACUGAAAGUUGAUUUGUCAGAAAUGCUGUUCUUGGUAGACAACAUGGCUUAUUUUCAUUACCAGACACAAGAGGAACCACUUUACAUUAUCAAUCAAAUUAAUUUAAUGAUUUCUGUGACGGGUACAACUCUGCUGCAGUCUUUCUUUGAGGCUUUGCUACCAAAAAUCACUUUGGAGGUAGCAGUCCAGCAGACAGAGGAGCCCACCUCUGGCCCUGCCUCCCAGGAAGAAAAGGAGGAGGACAUAGAGGAAUUGUUGGGCCGAGUGCCACAUGAUACUACCUUCCUGUAUGAGUGUCUGGUGGCCUCACGAGGUUGCAUGCUAUUGUUGUUGCUCAAACAACAUCUCAAGAAACUUUACAACAUAACCAAUAAUCAGAUUAGCGAAUAUUCUACAUCAGAGACAGCUAAAAGUUAUGAUAAAGCUGUGCAAAGGAAGAAACAUUCCAGAUUUAACCCAAACAUAACUCUGGAAAAACUCAAACAAGCAACACCUCAAGAUAUUGAUGAAACUGUUAAAAGGUCAAUCCUUUUGGAGUUUUUGGAGAUGUCGGCCCGCCUGCGACGAUUACCAGUCUUGUACUGCUUCUUUCACCUCGUCAUCAGUGUCGUCAAGCGCUUACCGCCUAGGAACUCUUUUAGGUAG